AUGUCUUUGCAACCACCAGCUUUCUGGGACAAUCUCCAGAACAUCUCCAUGACCAGCAGCGCAUUGAAAGAGGCAGCAAGACGUUACUACCAACCACCGUUACCCAAAGAACUGUGUCCUGAUAUCAGCUGGUCAGCUGCCAAAAUCGUCGCAAGUUAUCCGCCGCGGGAAUUGCAAAAACUGAAGCGCUUUGCUAGACAAGGAGGACCUGGUUUUUCUGAUCUCAGAUAUUGUUCCUUGAAAACGCCCAUUCCCAGCAUGGCUUCCGGCAACUGCUACGCAACCUCUAGGGUAACGACUCACGCCAGCGAAUUCUUGACGAAAUUGAAGGAGAGCCAUGUUUAUCCUGCUGGAUAUAGAUUGCCAGAAGGCGGAGAGAUGGAGCCACCGGCGAAUUUCACGACCAUCGUCGAUAUGCUAUCUCACGAUAGGCCUUCGUUGCCACAGAUCACCAAGAAAGAUUUCGAGGACUUCAAGCGUGCAUGGAAAGAUAUUGCGACAGAACAAGUUGACAGAGACUUGGAGGAGUAUUUCGCGGAGGUGCUGGAAGGGGGUGAUAGCGAAGACUCAAAGUGCGAAAAUGGCUUUUUAUUCGCAAACUUUGCAAUCCUGGCCAAAGACGUUGGGCAUAUGGUACCGUAUCAUGUCGCCGGUGCGCAUCGUGAAGCACUGGACUCCAAUAUCUGCGCCAGGCUCAACAAGGAAAUUCAGCCCUCCAACAGUCACCAUUUAAUUGCCCCCAACUUCUUUCUGGAGCUCUAUGCAACGCCCGAUGCCAAGCCCACAACCGCCCGGAAGCGGGCGUGCUACGCGGGCGCUUUGGGUGCUCGAGCGAUGCAAGCUCUCAGGAGAUACGAGAAAGAAGAGGAGCAGCCCCUUUUUGAUCACAAAGCGUAUACACUCUCUGCAACGCUGCACAGUGGAAUGCUUAAUCUGUACGCCCACCACAUCACAGAUGGCGAUCCUCAGAAUUAUAUAACGACCGAGAUCGCUGAGUAUAAUAUGCGGUCCGGCCAGGAUGAGUUUCAAAUAGGCAUCACAGCUUACAGAAAUGCGCGAGAUUGGGCGAAGAAUCGGCGGAAUGAGCUGAUUGCGGGGGCAAAUUCUCGACACCCGCAGGGGUCCGGUCAACAGACAGCUGGAUCACACGUUGGCGCGCAGAAGAGUGCUCCUGGCCGCGAGAGGAAGUCUGGUAGGAAGUCCGGCGCAGGCAAGAAGGCGAAAAGGGCACGACGCAGAUAA